AUGGCGCAAUUGGACAAAAGUGAUGGCGGGGCCUCAGAAGGCCAGCUGACAUCUGUAAAGAAGGCACUUGUUGCUGUCUCCCAGCGGCUUCAAGAUUGUCCUCCGCCUGAUAGAACUAAGGUGAUGGGAAACAGACAGUAUGAAAUGGUUCAGUCCGAACCAUUUUCAGUUCCUCUUGAAUCUUUAAAUAAUCUACAUAUAGAUCAUCAUCUACAAAGAAGCUCUAAUGGAAAUGGAAAUGCUUCUGGUGCUCAUAAAUUAUCAGCUGAAGUUAAUAGAGUCUCAGUUCCGGAUCCAAAAGCACUUCAGCAGGAAGUUACAUUUAGAAUUCUUUGUUCCAAUGAUAGGGUGGGUGCUGUUAUUGGAAAGGGAGGCAAUAUUGUCAGAGCUCUGCAGAACGAAUCAGGGGCUAGUAUAAGUGUUGGUCCUUCAGUAGUGGAGUGCGAGGAUAGACUCAUUACUAUUGCUGCAAUCGAGAAUCCUGAAUCAAACUAUUCCCCUGCACAGAAGGCUGUUGUGCUUGUUUUCUCCAAGUCUGUUGAGGCUGGUGUUGAGAAGGGGCUAGACUUAGGAACAAAAAAAGGGUCAUAUGUUAGUGCACGGCUUGUAGUCUCAUCAAACCAAGUUGGUUGUUUGUUAGGGAAAGGAGGGGUAAUAGUCUCAGAAAUGCGGAAAGCCACAGGAACUAACAUAAGAAUAAUUGGCCAUGAUCAGGUUCCAAAGUGUGUAUCAGAUAAUGAUCAAUUGGUUCAGAUAUCAGGGGAGUUUUCAAAUGUUCAAGGUGCAAUAUAUAGUGCAACCGGUAGACUUCGAGAUCAUCUAUUUGUCAGUACACAAAGCAGUAGUGGAGGAAGGAGCGUUUCCUCUGUUCUAGCGGGAGGCCAACUAACUGUUGCUGUUCCUCCUAGUCUCAACAGACAUUCUUUGCCAGGAUUACAGACACCACAGACAGUGGCUGGAAUAAAUUCCAGAGGCACCAAUGGUGUCGGUCGGGGAUUGAUUUCCCAAAAAGGUGGCUUGGAACUUGUCAGUGGGAGUAAAACCGCGAUUGUUACUAAUACAACUGUGCAAAUUGUGGUUCCUGAUGAUGUUAUUGGCUCUGUAUAUGGCGAAAAUGGUAGCAAUCUGGUUCGCUUGAGACAGAUAUCAGGGGCUAAGGUUAUCGUCCACGAACCUCGUCCCGGAACAAGUGACAGGACUAUUGUCAUAUCCGGUACACCUGAUGAAACUCGAGCAGCGCAGAGCCUUCUCCAAGCAUUUAUUCUCACUGGAUCAUCAUGA